UCUGUCAUUUAAGAUGAGAACAGAGUGAAAGCUUAGUAGCUUAUAUUUCUUUGAAAAAGGGUGGAGCUGAUGAAAUAGUAGUUGCUGCAUCCAUGAGGUUAAGUUAUGAUGAUGAGAGCAGAGAACAAAUCCACACAGGAUUACCAAAAUCAGGAGUGGGUUAAGGAGAGUAUCACCUUUCCUAAUCAAUGUAGCCAGUUGGGACGGCCUCUUCCUGCAUGCUUUAUCCACACUGGAGAGCUCUUGUUAUAUGGGUACGGACGCCUGCAUUUUUAUGGCAUGAAAGUUGAAAGUUAUAAGUAAAUUCUUUAUCAGAAUCGAUAUUGACUAGUUAUGAUGAAAGCGUGGUACCAUUGAGAUAGAAUCAGAAUAAAGGCAAGUGAAUAUUUUACCCGAUAAGUGUUUAUUUGCUAUUCAUUAUGAGAUUUUAGUCCCCUUCCACUUUUUUUUUUUGAAAUACCCUUACACUGGUUAUUAAGCUUCGUAGUUUUGGUGGUUUUACUGUGCGAAUGGUAUUGGAAAUUAAAGCUUGUUUCACUGGCGUAAGAUAGCUAUUGUAUUAUUGACUGAUUUGUCUCUGUAUAACUUAGAAACAAUAAUACUAAUGGAUUACCCAUUUCUGUACUUGGAGCUGAGAUUGAUCGGAUGUACAUUUCCGCCUGAGUCGUGAAACAGUUUGCAUAAUGAGAUGUUUUUAAGAAUAUUUGAUUGGACGAAGAAGCUAUGAAGCCUUCUGAAACUUCUGGAGCUGUUCUUGAACCAUUGCAAGGGAUAAUUGUCACUUGAGAAACAGUAUGUGUGUGGAUAUUAUGGUUAAAUAAGCCCUUAACUUUUUAGCAAUAUUUGUACCUUUUCAAAAUUAUGUUCCUUGGAUUAAUGGACUGUUUGAAUUUCAGUAUCUUUUCUGUUAUUUAAGUUGAGAAACUUCAGUAUAUGUCUCUGAAUGGUGAUAUUAUGCGCUUCAUUCAUGAGAAUGGACUAAUGGUGCGAGCAUAUUGUUAUUUUAUAUGCAUGGUGUUUGGUAAAUGGUAGAAUUCUCGACUCUGUUUCUAUUGUAGGUUCCAACUUCUGCUAAGAAUAAUUUUUUUGUUAUUUAUGGAUUUGACAUUCUAUGAUUAUUUUCUUAGACAGCAAACGAAUCCACGUCAAUUGAAAAUGGAAUUUGUUCUUAAAACUAGCUCGGAUGAUAUUGGUUCUUGAAGAUGUCAAACAGGCAAUAUUAAAUUGCACGAUGAACAUCUUAAACUCCUUAUAAAAAAAGAGAAUAGAAAAUAGAAAUGAGGCUUGCCCUCAAAAGUCUGCCAUGACGUCUGAGGUGAUGCACAUACAUAUUGACUAAAGUGUAGUCUGACCAAAAUAGAAUUCCCAAAUGUUGCUGGAAGCUGUCUGCUUUUCCAACAAUACUGUAAGCAGCUCCUAGGUCAAACCUUUAGUUUUUCCUAUAAAUAGAGAAAGGGAGUCUGUGUUUGCUCACUCUGUGAUUCAGACAAAUAGAAAGAAUGUCAGGCCCCGCGUGCUGCUCAAACCCUCCAGCCCUUAACCCAGCAAGUGGUUCCGGCCAUGUUGAAAAGCUUGCUGGUCUGGACUCCUAUGUGACUGGCUCUCCUGACUCCAAGCUUGCCGUUCUUCUCAUUGCUGACAUUUUUGGAUAUGAAGCUCCACUCUUGAGGAAGCUCGCAGACAAAGUUGCAGCUGCUGGGUUCUUUGUUGUGGUACCUGACUUCUUUUAUGGAGAUGCUUUUCCUGGUGAUGCUGGACCAGUUGGAAACUCUUCUGCUCUACCUAUUUGGUUAAAGACACAUUUACCGAUCAAGGCAUCUGAAGCUGCAAAACCAUUACUUGAAGCUUUAAAGAGUAAAGGUGUUUCUGCAAUUGGGGCUGUAGGCUUCUGUUGGGGAGCCAAGGCUGCGGUUGAACUUGCAAAGUAUGAUGAUCUUCUCCAUGCUGCUGUCUUGUGCCAUCCUUCAUUCGUCACUGUGGACGAUUUCAAGGCGGUUAAGGUUCCCAUUUCUGUACUUGGAGCUGAGAUUGAUCCGAUUUCGCCACCUGACGUCGUGAAACAAUUUGAAGAGGUUUUAACUGCAAGACCUGAGAUCAAAAGCCAUGUGAAGAUAUUCCCAAAAGUGCAACAUGGGUGGACCGUGAGGUACAACGCUGAAGAUGAGGCCGCUGUUAAGUGUGCUGAGGAGGCUCAUCAAGACAUACUGGAUUGGUUCUUUAGCCAUGUCAAAUGAAUCGUAUCAUCACUCAAGUUCUGUUUUAUUGUCACUUAUGAUGGGGAUGGGAUCAAUAUCUGUACCUUAUCUUAUCGAAUGCUUUUUGUUUUAUGAUGAUUCAAUAAUGGAUGUAGUACUGCUCAGACUGGUAUGUAAAUCUUUAUAUGUACCAAUAUAUGUGUGUACAUUGCUUAUGUAAAGGUUUACAGUGAGUAUUGAAUGAAGCUUGUAAAACUCCUAGCACUGAUGUUUCCUGA